AAUCACAUAUGUACCAACCAGAUCCGCCGGGCAGGAGAGGAAAAUAAAGAGCUGAAGAAACAGAUAGAAGAAGCAGCGGAACGAGAGAAGGACCUGCGGACAAACAUCAAGGACUUAACCAGAAAAUUAGACGACACAGAGAGCAAGAGGAAGGAGGAGGCCAUGAUGGCUCGGAUCAAAGAUGCUGAGAAUGUGCAGAUGUUGGCAGAGUUGAGGCACAAAAUUGCAGAAAUUGAUAUUCAG